AUGGUCGAGGGAGUGGCUGUGAAAGUUGAGCGUUUGCUGGAUGAUGUGUGUGUAAAAGACGAGCCCAGGUGCGAGGGUGCAUCUAUAAAAGCCGACUCUUCAUGCUCAGAUGUGUGUGUAAAAGACGAGUCCUUCGGCGUGAGCGCGGCGGCCGCAGCGGCGGAGCUGUACACCGACCACGCAGUCAAAGAUGAGCUCGUGCUCGGUCCCGUGAUAGUGGAGUGGCGCGUGCGCCACGCACCAACAGAGCAAACUCCUCGGCUGACACCAAGUGGUAUACCCAAAAUAUACCAAUGUGCCCGCUGUAAAUAUGCAACAGCUAGACAAGCACGGUUAAUCAGGCAUUUGAGAAAACAUACUGAUGCGAAACCAUACAAGUGUGAUCAGUGUAGUUAUGCUAGUGCCCUAAAAGGAAAUUUACAACGUCAUAUAAGAAAUCACACUGGUGACAAGCCUUACAAAUGUGACCAGUGUAGUUAUGCUAGCACCGACAAAAGUCAUUUGAAAGUUCAUACAAGGACACACACUGGUGACAAGCCUUACAAAUGUGACCAGUGUAGUUAUGCUAGCAGCCAUAAAAAAUGUUUGAAGCUUCAUCUAAGAAAUCACACUGGCGACAAGCCUUACAAAUGUGACCAGUGUAGUUAUGCUAGCAGCCAUAAACGUGCUUUGAAGGUCCAUCUAAGAAAACACACUGACGACAAGCCUUACAAAUGUGACCAGUGUAGUUAUGCUAGCAGCAACAAAUAUAAUUUGAUAGUUCAUGUAAGAAAACACACUGGCGACAAGCCUUACAAAUGUGAUCAGUGUAGUUAUGCUAGCAGCUAUAAACAUCAUUUGACAACUCAUGUAAAGAGACACACUGAAGACAAGCCUAACAAAUGUGACCAGUGUAGUUAUGCUAGCACCGACAAAGGUCAUUUGAAAGAUCAUACAAGGACACACACUGGUGACAGUCCUUUCAAAUGUGACCAGUGUAGUUAUGCUAGCAACCAAAAAUGUGUUUUGAAGGUCCAUCUAAGUAAACACACUGGCGACAAGCCUUACAAAUGUGACCAGUGUAGUUAUGCUAGCAGUAAUAAACAUGCUUUGAAGGUCCAUCUAAGUAAACACACUGGCGACAAGCCUUACAAAUGUGACCAGUGUAGUUAUGCUAGCAGCCAAAAACGUGCUUUGAAGGUCCAUCUAAGAAAACACACUGUCCGACAAGCCUUACAAAUGUGACCAGUCUAGUUAUGCAUGUAUCGCCAAAAGAUAUUUGAAUGCUCAUAUAAGGAAACACACUGGUGAAAAGCCUUACAAAUGUGACCAGUGUAGUUAUGCUAGCCGCCAUAAGCAAACUUUGAAGGUCCAUCUAUGAAAACACACUGACGACAAGCCUUACAAAUGUGACCAGUGUAGUUAUGCUAGCAGCAAAAAAUAUAAUUUGAUAGUUCAUGUAAGAAAUCACACUGGCA